CAAGGCCACAGUGGUCCAACCUAUGAAUCCAUGCAGGCGGUGUUUGACCUACAAUCCUUCAGGCCAGCAGUGAACCUCAGCAAUCCCACCAUAACCAACAUCUCCUUCACUCUGUAUGCUGUCCUGGGGGUGAAUGAAAAAACACAGAUACUCACUACUUUCUUAUGGCUGAGACUGUACUGGCACCAUGAGUUCCUAGUUUGGGACCCUGAUGAGUGUGACGGCGUCACCAGGAUUUCUCUCCCUGUGAGUCGGCUCUGGUCUCCGGACAUCAUUGUGUAUGAGUUUGUGGAUGAUGAUGUUUCCCAAGCGUGUCCUUACGUCUACUUGAACCACACAGGUCGCAUCCGCUGGGACAGGAUGCUUAGGCUUGUCUCAGCCUGCAACCUGGAGAUCUUCAGCUUUCCUUUUGACGUGCAGAAUUGCACAUUUACAUUUGGCUCCUACAUGCACACCAUAAAGGACGUAAGGGUGAGUCCGGCCCUGACCUUUAAGGAGAUGUCUGAAAACUCAAAGCGUUACCUGGAAGCCAGUGGAGAGUGGGAGCUGGUGGACAUACUGGGGGAGACCUCCAUCCUCCAGUUUGGGAUUGACGAGUGGGACAUCAUCACCUUCUGGGUGGUCAUAAAGCGCCGGCCAAUUCUCUAUGUGGUCAACCUGCUGAUCCCCAGCUCCUUCCUCAUGGUCAUCGACAUCCUGUCCUUCUACCUGCCCCCCCAUAGCGUUGACCGCGCUUCCUUUAAGAUGACCCUCAUCCUGGGCUACACCGUCUUCCUGCUCAUCAUGAACGACCUGCUGCCCAGCACAGCAAACGGCACGCCCAUCAUAGGUAUCUAUUUCUCUGUGUGUCUGGCCCUCAUGGUCAUCAGUCUACUGGAGACAGUCGUCAUUACCAAUGUCCUCCACCACAGCUCCAUGAAAUAUCAAGAGGUCCCCCACUGGGUAAGGGUGGUUGUGCUCAAAUACAUCGCCAACCUCAUCUGCUACCGAUGGUCGGAGGAUGUCCACCCCCCGUCUGUAACACAAAAGGAUAAACCUGACAGCUCAAAUGGCGUUUCAGGGCCGUGGAUCAUCCAACCAGCAAGCCAGACACCUGCCCAGCACCCAACCAGCACUGGAGGUACUGCUGCUCUGCCUGAGCUGCAACAGAUCUGUCAAUACCUAGGGGACCUUCGUGACCACCUCACUUCGCUGCAGAAGGAGAGCGAGCUGCAGGACAAGUGGUGCCACGUAGGAUAUGUCCUCGACUACCUGCUCUUUCGCAUCUAUCUGCUGCUCAUCUCCUGUUAUGCCCUGGUCAUCAUCUUCAUGUGGUGCGUCUGGAUCAACCAGUCCUAAUGGGACAUCGCUCAGCUGUGAACCAGCGCUGGGAUCAAUUCUUAGGAUGUCUAAAUUACAAAUUACUAAAAAGCAAUAAGUAAAAGCAGAAGGAAAAACAAAGCCUCUGCCACCAUCUAUCAGAUUCAUAUUUGUUUUCUGUUAGAUUUUCCAUGUACAUGCAGUACUGUUAGUUUUGUUUUCAAGAGGAUGGACUAAUAAGUAAAUGCAACAUAUUGGUUUAGGGACAAUAACUGUAUAAUUGUAAUUAUCAUCACCAUCAUCGUCAACAAAACAUAUUUACUAUUCCCGUGUGUUAUUUUCUGCUGUUGAUAACUAAUCCCCAAUCCCCCACAAUUAGCCCCUGAUCUAUUCUCUGUCAGUAAAUGUAAUUAGUUUGCAACAUCUAAAAUAUCAACAUGACCCCAAAUUCCUCCAUGUCAAACAAUGGAACAAGACAAUUGGCUACAAUGUCCACUUUCAAUGCUGUCAAUGCCAAAACUCUGGAGGUUGCAGUUAAGCGCCUUAAAUAAUCUACCUGCUGUUUUUGAAAUGCUGCCCCAUUAUGUUUUUUUCAGUUGCUUAGCAAUGGAUGAUCUGGAAUUGUAAGGGGUAAUCAGGAGUGAAUUUCUAGCUCAUCCAUUGCUUACCUUUCUUUUUUUCAAAAUCACUGAAAACUGCAGUUAUUUUGUCCUUUCUAAAUAGGUGCAUCCUGGACUGUAUUGAAUAAUAAUUUUAUUGGGAAAAUGAUUGAAAAGGCUGUUUUAAUUCAACUCGACAAUUUUUUGAAUGUAAAUGGCCUGCAUCCAGUACUGAGUACUUGAGUUGAGCUAGGCUUGCACCAAAUUAGUCUGAAGUAGUUGUGACUUGCUCCUGAUUUGAUGUGGCGUCACACACAGGCAGCAAUAACGUCAUGAGAUCAAGCCGACUGCCUCCAGUCAGGAUGGCUGGAGCCAAUCCCAGUUGACAU